GUGGACUUUUUUUUUCCUCUCUCUUUGGUAUUCUCUCCCUUUUCUAGGUAACUUCACUUUCAUUAAUAUUUUUCCCUUUUCUUAAAUUUUUCUCUUAUUAAUUACUUUGGCUGCUGUUUUUAUCAUUUAUAUUCUGCGGAUUAUAUACAGAAAGAAACCGGUCUUUUUCGUGUAUUUUCUGGAUUUGAAGUUCUAGUGAAGGAGAAAUGAUGUCAAGGAGGGCAACAUUCUGGUGUCAUACAUGCAGGGAGCCAAUCUUGCUUGCAGGGAGGGAUGCAGUUUGCCCUUACUGCGAUGGAGGAUUUGUGCAAGAAAUGCAUGAGAAUCGAGGACUUGCAUCGUCAUCACAGUUGGAAGAGUUUCAAGAUGAUCCUGAUAUUUUCGAUGCUAUACAUGCUGUUGUAAGUCAAAGAGGUUCUGUACCAAGAAUUGGGUUUAGAGAUGCUAUUGAUAGUUACAUGAGGCAGAGAAUGGAUGGAAGAACCACAAACUUUGAUGUCAGAAGGAGAUCUGUUUCUGGUUCUGUUCCUGAACAAACUUGGGGUGUUUUUAGUUCUUCUGGUCGUUAUUUAAUAUUUCAAGGUCAAACACCUACUUCUAGAGGUGAUCCUAGACGCUCUGAUUUUGGUGGCUACUUUAUGGAUCACGGACUAGAUGAACUUAUCGAACAACUCAAUACAAACGGUUGUGGUCCAGCCCCGGCCUCACGAUCUUCAAUUGAAGCAAUGCCUACCAUUAAGAUCACACAAGCACAUCUUCACUCCGAUUCACAUUGUCCAAUUUGUAUAGAAAGGUUUGAACUCGGUUCUAAGGCAAGGGAGAUGGCAUGUAAGCAUAUUUACCACUCGGACUGCAUUGUUCCUUGGUUAAUUCAGCAUAAUUCAUGUCCUGUAUGCCGUGUUGAGCUGCCGCCUCAUGGACGUGGUAGUCGAAACUGGGGAGGAAGGAAUGACAAUAGUACUGGUCAAAACAAUAAUGGCCGAGGAAGGAGAAAUCCAUUUUCCUUUUUGUGGCCAUUUCGUUCUUCCAAUUCAAAUACUAAUCAUUGAUCUGAGCCUGAGACUCUUCCUGGCAAGAAUACAGUGGAUGGACCUCUUAUUAUUAAAAGAUUAAUUUCUUCUCCUGGACAAGUAUAAAACUUGUGCUGUCAAACAAUGGCUGUAAUUUAAAUGAUGUGAAUAGAGUUUCUGAAUGUUUUACAUUGAACAUAUUUUAUUGGAUACAUAAUAAAACUUUGUAAGUCUCUGUAAAUGUAAUUUUCAUUUUUAAUUUUCAGCUAGUAUCUUAGAACCUUAA